AGACCGCCGGGCCGGCUCGCCUGAGCUCGCCCGCUGUCCGCCAGCCCUCCGGGGGAAGGGUGAAGUGGAGUGCUUCCGCGGUUGACUGCGCGGCGUCCUGGUCCCAAGUUGCCCCGUUGCGACGCUCCUCCCUGACAGAGAGGCUACCUCUGACUUUUUGAAUCCUAUCAAAGAGACAGGGUAACCUUCAAGCUGGCGGGAGCAAUGGUUCACAUCAAGAAAGGCGAGCUGACCCAGGAGGAGAAGGAGCUCCUGGAAGUCAUCGGGAAAGGUACUGUCCAAGAAGCUGGAACACUGUUAUCCAGCAAGAACGUUUGUGUCAACUGUUUGGAUGAGAAUGGGAUGACUCCUCUGAUGCACGCAGCAUAUAAAGGCAAACUUGACAUGUGCAAAUUACUCUUGCGACACGGAGCUGAUGUCAAUUGUCACCAACAUGAACAUGGAUAUACAGCCCUGAUGUUUGCUGCACUUUCUGGUAACAAAGACAUCACAUGGGUAAUGUUGGAAGCUGGUGCUGAGACAGACGUCGUUAACUCUGUCGGAAGAACAGCAGCUCAGAUGGCAGCCUUCGUGGGUCAACAUGAUUGUGUGACUAUAAUCAACAAUUUCUUUCCUCGAGAGAGACUGGAUUAUUACACUAAACCCCAGGGACUGGAUAAAGAGCCCAAACUGCCCCCAAAGCUGGCAGGCCCACUGCACAAAAUUAUCACCACAACAAAUCUUCAUCCUGUCAAGAUAGUGAUGCUUGUAAAUGAGAAUCCUCUGCUCGCGGAAGAAGGGGCUCUGAAUAAAUGCUACAGGGUGAUGGACUUGAUUUGUGAGAAAUGCAUGAAGCAAAGAGACAUGAAUGAAGUUCUGGCGAUGAAAAUGCACUACAUCAGCUGCAUCUUUCAAAAAUGCAUUAGCUUCUUAAAAGACGGAGAGAAUAAAUUGGACACCUUCAUCAAAAGCUUGUUAAAAGGCCGAGCUUCGGAUGGCUUUCCAGUCUAUCAAGAAAAGGUCAUUAGAGAAAGUAUCAGGAAGUUUCCUUACUGUGAAGCUACACUCCUCCAGCAGCUGGUGCGAAGCAUUGCUCCUGUUGAAAUUGGUUCUGAUCCCACUGCAUUCUCUGUCCUUACUCAAGCCAUCACUGGUCAGGUGGGCUUCGUGGAUGUGGAAUUUUGCACUACCUGUGGAGAAAAGGGAGCAAGCAAAAGAUGCUCAGUAUGCAAAAUGGUAAUAUAUUGUGAUCAAACCUGCCAGAAAACACACUGGUUUGCACAUAAGAAAAUCUGUAAGAAUCUGAAGGAUAUUUAUGAGAAGCAACAACUGGAAGCUGCCAAAGCCAGGAGCCAAGAGGAGAAUGAUGGCAAACCCGAUGUCAAUUCUAAUUGCGUUAAUGAAGAACAACCAGUGUCUGAAACCAGUAUCUCCCAAGAGGAUUCCAAUCCUAAAGAUUCUGUGGAAGGAGAGAAAGAAUGUCUUGGAAGUGAGGCUGGGUUGGAAGGCUUUCAGGAUGCUCCUGCAGGUCCACGGGCCUCUGAAGAGUGAAAGCCACAGCAGGUACCAGCAUGGGUGGUCCUCACCCUGGCAGGUAGCUGGGAAACUCAUGCAAAUGCGUCCUCAUGCCUCAGGUGACCUGUGUGCACCACAGCUGGAGUCCACACUUCCUAGAGCAGCCGCUGUCAAACCAUGCUCAGUCUACCCUGCCCGCCUUGCCUAUCGAUUUCUGUUGUAUAAGUGAACAGAUAGUCCCCCCCAAAUUGUUUUCUAUCAAAAUAAAGGAAAGACAUUUCUAUUACUUUUCUGAGGCUGGUUCCACAGAGGUCCUCAAAGGAAAAUAAAUCGUCCUAAGAAAUACAGGCUAAAGGGAACAAAGGGACAAGCUGAACAGGUGUGGGAGAGAGAUUUUUCAGGAAAGAAAAAUUUUAUAGCCACAGAGCUGGGUAUUUAGGAAAACUGUAACUUAUAUGUGAAUAAAGUGCAUCUAAAUAGCAUUGACAGUAGUGAAGUUCUUACUAGGAGGUAAUACAAGGAAGAAAUGCUGUACGUUAAAGAACUUUUGCCCUCGCUCAGCUUGCUGUUGUUUUACGUAGAAACUAUCCAGAACUAUGCAGAGCAGUCUGAACCCUGUAGUUCGGCAGUGAAAUGCUGUCUCCAGUGUCUGCAACUUCGGAAGUGUCAGGUACACUCAGAAGGCACUAAGGCCUAGCCAGCUUACUUCAGCAUGUACAUUAGAAAAGACACUCCUGAAAUUCUUCCUUAAAUAAUGGGUAAGCUUAUCGUGUACAUAAUUAUUGUAAAACUAAUUCACGUGCCAUGCUCCACCUACAAGGCUGACUUUGAUCUUCCUGUGAGCUUUCUGCAGGGUUCUUCCUGUCCAGAACAGGGAUUGGUAACUGUCACUUACAGAGUGAACCAACAUCAGUUUUUAGUAUCUACAGUAUUUAAACAGCUAGCGUGUGAUGUCUGAAGAUAACGCUGUGUUUCAAAGUUUCUUGUGUUGAUUUUAAAAUAAAUUGUGCCUACUAAGACGAA